AUGUUGGCAAUCGUGUAUAUCGUAUAUGCUGAUUAUUCCAGUAUAAGAAGCAGAAAUUUCGAUCUCCAGUAUAUAAAAGUAUCGAUAAGAAUGAGUGAGCCUCAAUCGAAGAAAGUCAAGAUGACGAGUUCAUUAACACAAUUAAAGGAAAUUACAACAAUUGUCGCUGAUACCAGUGACUUCCAAGCUAUGGAACAAUUUAAGCCAAUAGAUGCAACUACAAAUCCUUCUUUGAUCCUUGCUGCAGCUAAUCAAAAAAAAUAUAUUCACUUAAUAGAUAAAGCUGUACAAUAUGGGAAAAAAUCUGGAUCUACUUUGACAGAACAAAUUGAGGCAGCUCUAGACAUCACAUGUGUCCUUUUUGGUAAAGAAAUUUUAAAUAUCAUACCUGGUAGAGUUUCCACAGAAGUAGAUGCUAGAUUAUCCUUCAAUAAAGAUGCUAGCAUUGAGAAAGCAAAGAAAUUAAUUGCUUUGUAUGAAGAACUUGGUGUAAAUAAAGAUCGUGUGCUAAUCAAGCUUGCUUCUACUUGGGAAGGUAUUCAAGCAGCAAAAGAAUUGGAAGAAAAGUAUGGAAUUCAUUGUAAUUUAACACUUCUAUUUUCUUUUCCUCAAGCAGUUGCAUGUGCAGAAGCAGGUGUAACUCUUAUAUCACCAUUUGUUGGUAGAAUUCUUGAUUGGUAUGUGGCAAAUACAGAUAAGAAAUCUUAUGAAUCUAAAGAAGAUCCAGGUGUUUUAUCUGUAACAAAAAUUUAUAAUUACUAUAAAAAGUUUGGAUAUAAAACAGUUGUUAUGGGUGCUUCAUUUAGAAAUAUUGGUGAAAUUAAAGAACUAGCUGGUUGUGACUUUUUAACUAUAAGUCCCAAAUUAUUGGAAGAAUUAGAAAAGAGUAAUGAUGUAGUACGUAAAGUACUUACAGUAGAAGCAGCAAAGAAAUCUGAUCUUCAAAAGGUCAGUUUAAAUGAAGCCGAAUUUAGAUGGCUUAUGAAUGAAGAUCAAAUGGCAACAGAUAAGCUAAGCGAAGGAAUUCGCAAAUUUGCGGUAGAUGUUCGUAAAUUAGAAAAAUUAUUGCAAGAAAAAAUACAAUCCUAAAUAUAAGUAAAAUAUAUCUAUUUUAAAUAUCUAUGUAAUAAAUGUUAUAUUGUAAAUAACAAAAUAUAAAAAAUAAUUAUUCCAA